UUGACUUUAAAGUCAACAACAGCUUCCACUUUUGUGCAGCUUCCAUACAGAAAAGCCAAAAAUGGCGGAUGCACUUGUUUCCGCAAUAUUACAGCAACUAGCCCAGAUCAUCGAUAGGGAGCUACGCCAAGAAGUGAAACUAGUAGUGGGUGUGGACACAGAAAUCCAAAAUCUGUCGAGUCUUUUUAAGGCAAUCCAAGCUGUUCUUGAAGAUGCAGAGAGAAGACAAAUGAAGGAGAUAGCCAUCAAGAAUUGGCUCAUCAAGCUCAAAGAUUUAGCCUAUCAAAUGGACGAUGUGCUGGAUGAGUGGAGCACUGCAAUUCUCAAGUCUCAAAUACAUGCAACUCAACCUUCCAAGAAAAAGAUGGUAUGUUCUUUGUUUCCCUCCCCGGCGUUUUGUUUUAGUCUUAAUCAAGUCGUUUUACGCCACGAUAUUGCUGUUAAGAUCAAACAAAUUCGUGAGAGAAUUGAUGCAGUUUCUAAAGAGACGGUGUUCUAUAAUUUUAGGCAGGAUAAAGAACAGAGAGUUGGGGAUAUGGUAGAACCUGGUAGGCUUAGUACCUCUUUUAUUGAUGUAGCUAGAGUUUGUGGUAGAGAUGAAGAUAAGAAAAUUGUAGUUAGCAAAUUGUUAUCUGAAAGUGAUCAAGGACCGGGAAUCCGAAUCCAUGUCGUUUCGAUUGUCGGGAUGGGAGGAAUUGGGAAGACUACUCUAGCACAAUUAGCUUACAAUGAUGAUGAUGUUAAGGUUCAUUUUAAGAAGAGAAUUUGGGUUUCUGUCUCGGAAACUUUCGAUCAAAUAAGGAUUGCGAAAGCUGUUCUUGAAUCGCUUACCGGGUUUACUCCGAAUUUAGCUGAAUUGCAGUCGCUGUUACAGAACAUUUCUAAAUUGAUUAGGAAAAAGAAGUUCCUUCUUGUGCUUGAUGAUGUGUGGACUCAAGAUGAUAAGGAGUGGGAACCGCUUAAAUUGUCUCUCAAAUGUGGUGCCCCUGGAAGUAGAAUUUUGGUGACAACUCGGAAGGGAACUGUAGCCAAGAAGAUGGAAUCCAACUACCUGCUUAACUUGGGAAAACUCUCUGUAGAUGAAUGUUGGGCGUUGUUUAGUCAGGUGGCGUUUAACGGGAGGAGUAGGGAUGAGUGCGACGAGUUGACCGAAAUGGGUAAGAAAAUUGCAAACAAAUGCAAGGGCUUGCCUUUUGCAGCAAAAACUCUGGGAGAUCUUAUGCAGUUGAAAAGAAGUAAAGAAGAAUGGAAAAAUGUUUUAGCGAGUGAAUUAUGGGAGCUAGAGGAGAUAGAACGCGGUUUAUUUCCUCCUUUGCUCUUGAGCUACUACGAUUUACCUGCUACAGUACGGAGAUGUUUCUUAUAUUGUUCUAUAUUCCCUAAAGGCUACAAGAUGGAGAAGGAUGCAUUGGUUAAUUUGUGGAUGGCUCAUGGUUAUCUAGGCGGAGAUGAGAUGGAGUUACAUGGCAAAGGUUAUUUUGAGAACUUGGUAAUGCAUUCUUUCUUCGAAGAUGUCAAAGAAAUCGAAAAAGUUACAGAAUUUAAGAUGAGAAAGUUUCUCACAAGAUUUAAAAUGAACGAUGUUAUUCAUGAUUGUGUACAAUUUCUAACAAAUAAUGAAUGUUUUAUAUAUGAAAAAGCUCGUCAUUUAACAGUGACGGUUCCAGUAGAUUCCCCAUUUCCAAUAUUUGUUUGUAAAGUGAAAAAUCUGCGCAGUCUCUCAGUUAAGAUGAAGAAUGCUUCAACUUUUGCAGUAUCACCAGAUUUCUUCCAGCACUUGACUUGUCUAAGAUCAUUGGAUUUGAGCGAAUCUUCAAUUAAAGAAAUUCCAAGCGAUGUUGGGAAACAAAUACAUUUGAGGUACCUCGAUUUGUCUCACAAUGCUUCUUUGGAGGAGUUGCCUGAAAGAGUAUGUAAUUUAAUCAACUUGCAAUGCUUGAAUCUCACUUCAUGUAGUGCUUUGAGACGAUUACCACAAGGAAUGGAAAAACUUUCCAGACUUAGACAUCUGCAAAUGAUUGGCUCAGCAUUAACUUUCAUGCCAAAAGGAAUGCAAAGAUUAAGCUCCCUUCAAACGUUAUCUUAUUUCAUUAUGCGUAGUGGCGAGGAAGUAAUGGAAGCUGCAAAUCUUGGAGAACUGAAAAGGCUAAACCAGCUACAGGGGAAUCUGUUAAUAAGGCAUCUCAGAAAUGUAGCAGAUGUAAGGGAAGCUCUGAAUGUAGAACUCAAGAAUAAGAAAAAUUUAAGUGGCUUGUUUUUGGACUUGACUCGGGAUGAGAUAGGGCUGCAAGUGAACGAUGAUGAUCUAUUUGAAGCAUUACAGGCACCUUAAGAGUUGAAAUAUUUACGCAUAGUUUUGUUUAUAGGAACCUCAUUCUCCAGUUGGAUAGUCACAUUGAUGAACCUUAAGGAGCUUGAAAUUAUGGACAGCAAAUGUGAGCUUUUGCCUCCUUUGGGUAGAUUGUCCGCUCUUGCAAAACUAACAAUGAAUAUUAGAAGUGUGAGAAGUUUGGAUGUUGGAUUUCUAGGAAUAGCUACAAGCAACAGCAACCCGAUAAAUAAUCACGAGGGAGGAGCAUCUUCA